GAGGCAUACAGAUAGAGAUAGAGAGCGUUUCUGUGGACGUUUUGAGAUGUCCGGAUUUAAUACAAAUACCUCUGUAGCACCGGACCCUGUCUACGAAUGGAGAUAUGAAUAUUACGACGACGAAGAACCGGUGUCUUUUGAGGGACUCAAAGCGCACAGGUACUCCAUAGUGAUCGGGUUCUGGGUGGGCCUGGCCGUGUUCGUGAUCUUCAUGUUUUUCGUGUUGACGCUGUUGACCAAGACCGGAGCUCCGCAUCCCAAAGGAGCUGACAGCUGUGAGAAGCGUGUCGGUGCCACCAGCUGCAUGGAGGAGCUGGCUCCUCCCGCCUCCAACAGCGACCACAGGGCCUGCUUCUCUCGCCCCAUGCUGGACUCCUCCCGCUCCCUCCUGCACUGCUACAUCAGCGAGGAGCAGCAGGGCCCAGGCCAGAGGCCCAGGCCUGGGGCUGGAGUGGGUGGAGCCCCCCAGGCAGGGCAUGCCCCCGGCAGGUUCGGCAGCCCAGAGGAGGCGGGGGGUCUGGGGCUGGAGGGGGUGGCAGUGAUUGGGAACCGGGCUGAGAGAGAGUCCGAACUCCUGGCCCACUUCAACAUCCCCAACUUUGUGAACUCGGAGAACAGCUCCACUCUGGGGGAGGAUUACCUGCUGCUGGGGGGCCCGCCAAUCAUCCUGGAGGGGGACUGUUCGCCCAAUAGGAACCGUGAUGUGGUUGACUGAGGUUCCCCCCCCUCCUGUGAGGAUGUGGUUGGUGCACGCUGCUGACCUCAUGCAUGUCCCGGCUUCUUCACCAGCCAUUCCUGUAUGGUGAGGUGCGUGAGGACAUGACACCCUCUGGCCAUCCAGAACAUACGAGGAUUCAGGAAACAGGACAGGAAACAGGAAAUAGGACAGGAAACAGGACUCAUCAGUAGCAACUCUUGUUAGAAUUAUGUUCCCCAAUGUACAGUUCUAAGACAACAUGUAUUCAUCUUAAUAAUAUCGUAUUUAUUUAACAGACACUUAUCCUAAAGGAUGUCCAGGGGGGAUUUGAACCUGCCACUUCUUCUUGAUCUGCAUUCACCGAGUUCUUCACAAGCCAACCCACAACCGCUGUUCAUCUGGGCUCCCCCCGUCGUCAUGGCGACUUUCUAGCGAUUCUAACAUGGUUUGGGGUGAGCCAGGUCGUUAACGAGCCACCUCGUUAGAGCUCCACGGAGUCACCAAGGUCGGCGGUUCCGCCUGGACCAGGAAGAGGAGAGCCCGUCCAUCACCAGGCCCUGACUGCCAUAUGGGAGAUGAGCAUUUGUCUGGAACUAAACAACCGUCAGAGAGGUCAAAUGCAUCCUGACAUCAUUAAGGAGACUGGUGAUCUGACACCAGUGAUUUGUCUAUGGGUAUAGUGUGGCAGUAAAUGCAAAUAUAUGCUUAUGUGUUGUUGUGAGAUGCUAAUGAUAUGCUAAGGAGCCGGGUGAGAGACAGAGGAAGAUGUGAAGCCAGUGAUUGGUCGUGAUCAAGAGGUUUGGGGGGAAGGUGAAAGGAUAAAUUGAAAAAUAUUGAAAGGUUAUUUAUUUUGACCAUAUAUGGAAUAAAUGACAUACUUAAACACAAAUAAAACAGGGCUCUCUCUAUACACACAAAACAAUCUACAAAAAUAAAGCCUUAACGUAUUGCUUCAGCAUCCGUGAGCAUACUCAUGGCAUGAAUAUUUAUGAGCUACGGUAGCGAACCCUUUGUACAACAAAGAGGUGUGUGUAAUGUGUGUGAGAGAGAGACAGGUGUGUAAUGUGUGUGUGAGAGAGAGACAGGUGUGUAAUGUG